AUGGUUUUCUUUUUAAAUUAUUUAGACUGUUUUUUUGAAGGAAAUAAUGGAUAAUUUUCAAGUAUAUUGAUGGUAUAUUGUUGUUUGGAGGUAAUAAUGUAUUUGGAUCAGGAGCAAAAGUAUAAAGAUUAAUAAUUCUUUCACCUCAUUAUAAAUUAAGAAUAAGUUUUCAGUUUUGGAAGUAACAAUUAUAAUAAAUAAACUAUUAGGAUAGAUAGCUGGAUAAUGAACAUGUUUAUUUUAUUUUUGAUGAUUAUGUUUAAACUGAUAGAUAGUACUGGAAUACAGAAAUUGUAAAAUGUGGAAAUGAUCAAUAUCCUGAAGAUUAUAAAGAAAUUGUAACAAAUUACAACUUUACUUUUAAUCAUAACUAAAAAAUUUAAUUGCCAUUAUAACAACUGAUUUAGAUGAGUCUCCGAAUACAGUAUUUUAAAUUUCUUCAUAUUAGGAAUCAUGGUGAUUUAGAGACUUUAAGGUAGAGAUACAAUCAUGUUCACCAGGUUGUUAAAUUUGUAAUGAUGAUACACCUGAGGAAUGUUUGUAUUUUCAAGAAAUAGAAAUUAAUUGGUUUGAUAAUUUCAAUUUUGAUGGAUGGACUUUAGAUCAAUAGUAGUUCAACAAAAUAUAAUCAUGUUUAAAUGUAAUGUUAAUUGGAGGAAUCAAUUUAUUUACAGGAAGUAGAAAAUUAUCGAAAUAAUUUAUUAUUUUAAUACCACAUUAUAAAAUAAUUUUGUAAGUACAAAUAUGGAAAGUUGAUUUUUGGAACAAUAAUAUAUUUUCUAUAGAAAUAGAUGAAGUGAUUGUUUAUUAAUCAAAUAUUAUUGGUUAAGCAGAAGUAACAUAGUUGUGUGGUGAUUUUAAUGGGGAAAAGUUAUUAAACAUUAAUUUGGAUAGCUAUCAUAAAUUAGAUAGAAUGUUAAUAAACAUGAAAUUUAAUAUGGUUAUUAUGAAUGGAUCUUGGGGAUUAAGAGCAUUUAAAUUAUAUCUGGCAAAUUGUUAUUAAACAUGUCUUGAGUGUUCAGGACAAAAAAUGAAUAAUUGUUCAACUUGUAAAGAUGGAUAUAUGUUACAUAAUUUUGAAUGUGUAGAUGGUAUAAUUUAUCACUAUUUUAGUAAAAUGGAUCCCAGUUUUCAAAUAAUAUGUUAAUUCAAAAGAUUUCGUAGUUUAAGAUGGGUAGACUAUUUAAAAUACGUAUAAUUAAUCACCAUUUUCAAAAUGAAGUUUAACAGAAAUUGAAGGAGGGUAUAAUUUAUUUUCAAAGGAUUCAUCAAUAAACUUAUACAUGUAACUUCCUAUACACAAAAAAAGUUUGGGUUUAAUUAGAAUUUUGGAAAAUUCUAAAUUGGGAUAAUGAAUUUUUUUAGUAUUUUCCGAUUGAAUUCUAGUUAAGAAAAAGUAAUAUGGAAGAACUGGAGAAGCAAUAAAUUGUGGCUCCUUGA